GAGUCGGCAGCUGGCGCCAGGGCGGCCGGAGGAUGCCGAGGGGCCGGAGCCGGGCGGGCCCGAGGCCGAGGCGCGCGCUGUCCCCCUCCCCUACCCCGUGAGCCCCACCGGCCACCGACGCGCUGUGGCGGGGACAGCCACCCCCGGGACGGUCGUGGGUGCUCCCGCACUUUCUACGGCUGGGUCCCCUCCCUCCCUGCGGCGCUGCGUGUGGCCGCAGCCACCUCCUCCCAGAUCCCGAGCCGCUGCCUCCGCCGCCGCGGGCCAUGGAGGUGGCGCCGGAGCAGCCUCGCUGGAUGGCGCACCCCGCGGUGCUGAACGCCCAGCACCCCGACUCGCACCACCCGGGGCUGGCGCACAACUACAUGGAGCCGGCUCAGCUGCUGCCCCCGGACGAAGUGGACGUCUUCUUUAAUCACCUCGAUUCGCAGGGCAACCCCUACUACGCCAACCCGGCCCAUGCGCGGGCACGCGUCUCCUACAGCCCGGCGCACGCUCGCCUGACCGGAGGCCAGAUGUGCCGUCCCCACUUGCUGCACAGCCCCGGGUUGCCCUGGCUGGAUGGGGGCAAAGCAGCCCUGUCGGCCGCGGCCGCGCACCACCACAAUCCCUGGACCGUGAGCCCCUUUUCCAAGACCCCCCUGCACCCCUCAGCUGCUGGAGGCCCUGGAGGACCCCUCUCCGUCUACCCAGGGGCGGCUGGAGGCAGCGGGGGAGGCAGCGGAGGCUCGGUGGCCUCCCUCACCCCCACGGCAGCCCACUCUGGUUCCCAUCUCUUCGGCUUCCCACCGACGCCACCCAAAGAGGUGUCUCCAGACCCGAGCGCCACGGGGGCCGCCUCCCCGGCCUCGUCUUCGGCCGGGGGCAGCGCAGCAGCCCGGGGGGAGGACAAGGACGGUGUCAAGUACCAAGUGUCACUGACCGAAAGCAUGAAAUUGGAGGGCGGUAGCCCUUUGCGCCCAGGUCUGGCCACCAUGGGCACGCAGCCUGCCACCCACCACCCCAUCCCCACCUACCCCUCCUAUGUGCCCGCCGCUGCGCACGAAUAUGGCAGCGGACUCUUCCACCCAGGGGGCUUUUUGGGUGGCCCAGCCUCCAGCUUCACCCCCAAGCAACGGAGCAAGGCACGAUCCUGCUCAGAAGGGCGAGAGUGUGUCAACUGCGGAGCCACGGCCACCCCUCUGUGGCGGCGAGAUGGGACCGGUCACUACCUGUGCAAUGCCUGCGGGCUGUAUCACAAGAUGAACGGGCAGAACCGACCCCUGAUCAAACCCAAGCGGAGACUGUCGGCCGCCCGGAGAGCUGGCACCUGUUGUGCCAAUUGUCAGACGACAACCACCACCUUAUGGCGCCGGAAUGCCAACGGGGACCCGGUGUGCAACGCCUGUGGCCUCUACUACAAGCUGCACAAUGUUAACCGGCCGCUGACCAUGAAGAAGGAGGGCAUCCAGACCCGCAAUCGGAAGAUGUCCAACAAGUCCAAGAAGAGCAAGAAGGGGACCGAGGGUCUGGAGGAGCUGUCCAGGUGCAUGCAGGACAAGGCGUCGCCCUUCAGCGCCGCCGCCCUGGCAGGACACAUGGCCCCCGUGGGUCACCUCCCGCCCUUCAGCCACUCGGGACACAUCCUGCCCACGCCCACGCCCAUCCACCCUUCCUCCAGCCUCUCCUUCGGCCACCCCCACCCCUCCAGCAUGGUGACCGCCAUGGGCUAGGGGACAAGCCACCCCGCUGGACAGAGACAGAUGGACAGACAGAGGCGGGUGGCCCUGGCAGGGCACGCAGCUCCCAGGAGUGGGAGGUGGAGGGACCGGUCCCUUCCACUGUCCCCCGCCCUUCUCUGGACACGGACACCAGCCGGAGCCUAAAGCCACCUCCUUGUCGCCUUGGAAGGCCACCAUACCCCGGGGGCCCCAGCAGCCUGUCUGCAAGUUACUGUGAAUAUUUUUCACCUGGGCUGGGGGGUGGCCCGUCCAGGUGACAUUUCCUUCAUGAACAAGGUUCAGAGAGCAAAAAAAAAAAAAAAAAAAAA